AAGGGAGGGGAGGGGCGGAGGGGAGAGAGGAAAAAGGAACCGCGCGCGCGGCGCGUUUCCCUUCCUCCCCCCGCAUCGACCUGGAAUGCCGCCGCCGCCGCCACGGUUGUUUUGACGUCGUCCGCCGCCGCCGCUAUUGCGCAUGAAAAAAAUCGCGUUGCCCUUGGCAGUAGCCUAUUUAUCGGGAGGAGCGCGCGACCGCCGUUGAUAACGGGACGAAUUUCGGCCGGUCACUCGCGCGAUAUCCGCGAGCCAUUGGCCAUCCGUUUCCGCUGCUCCUGUUCUAUCUGUCCGUCCGUCUGAACGAAUAUACAUUUGGUCAGUCGGUCGGUCGCGUUUUCUCGUCGGGUCGCAACACGUUUUUCACGAAACGGAGGUACUCCGAACGAGACGCUCGCUCGCAAGGAGAGAGAGGGAAAGAGAGAGAGAGAAGGAGAAUAUACGCCGCGAGGGUUCCCCCUCGCGCCCUUUUCCCUCGCGGUCACCGCGCGUCGUGAAUCGUGUGCGUGCCGCGCAUGUUAUUGCCCGCGUAUCGCGCUCUCCGUCUGUCUGUCUGGCCGACCGUCCCCGAUUCCCCCUUCUCUUCCCCCUCCCGCCGCGCUCCUCCCUUCGCCGGUAGGUCUCUAUCUCUCCGUGACUCUCUGCGCGUGCGUGAGUGAGCGUCUGUGUUUAUUCGUGCGGCCGCGCGCGCACCCGUGUGUGUAUACACGUCACCGUCGUGGAGCACGCAGUAAAUUGUGUGUUAUUCGGAGAGACAAACAGGUGCAGGAAGAGAGGGCCCCGUACGCUCGCGCUCGCAACAGCCGCACCUCGUGGCACCUCGUGCGCGUUUCUCGGUGCGCUGCUGUCGUUUACUCCGUGCGCUGGCGGUCGUGUGCGUCCGUGGGGGCCGCUCUCGCCGACGACGUUUCUCCGUCUCACCCGUCGUCGUCCGUCCCCCCCCUCCCUUCCCCCCGCCCUGCUAUACCGUCUCACCGUCCGUCGCUGUGAACGCGCGAGAGCCGCGGCGGUGGCACGUCCGAGCGAGCGAGUGAGCGCCGCGCCGUGUCGUCGUCUUCGUCGUUUGGGACGGAGCCGCGCGACUCAUAGUGAUCGGUGUGGCGGGCGAAAUUAGACGAAACCGCGUGACAGGUGGAUUCGAGGCGUGCCGAGACGUGGAGUGAGAAAGGGAAAAGAAGAAAGACAGAGAGAGAGAGAGAAGCGAAAGAGAGAGAUGGACAAGGACAGAGCGAGGCGAGAGUGAGAGAGAGAGAGAGAGAGAGCGUGCCGUCGCGACAUCUCGGAGUCAUCGGGCGCGUUCGACGUGUGCCUCCUGCGAUCGCGGGAUCUCCCCUACUUGGAGUUUCGACGCCGUCGAAGGUGGAAGAGAGUGAUUGCGAGAUAUCGCGGGACCACCGUCACACGCCGUGUGCGCGUCGUCGUCGUCGUCGUCGCCGUCUCGUCGCGAUGGUGAUGGCCGUGGCUCGCCAUUGUUAUUGUUGUCGUUCCUCCUAACCUACGAGGAGGUAGACGUCCUCCUCGACUGUCGCUGCAAGGGGGAGAGAGAGAAAGAGAGAGAGAGAGAGAGAGAGAGAGAGAGAGAGAGAGAGGGAUAGAGACAGCGAGGCGGCGCGCAGCGAGGGACGCGACGCCGCGACGCGACGCGACGCAGCAGCAGCAGCACGCCCUCGGAGCAGCGCUCGCCAGCCAGCGAGCGCACAUGCACACCACCCGGCUGCUGCUCCCGCUGUGCUCACAGUGUAUAUUUACGUCGUCCCGUGAAAACGUGCUGUAUCCCGCGCGCUAUCGUUUCCGUCGUGAGCGCGCGCGCGAUAAGAGCGUCCGGCGAGAGGCGGACGGCACGUUGCGGGGAGGAGGAGGAGGAGGAGGAGGAGGAGCAGCAGCAGCAGCAGCAUUGUCGGCGUAGCUCAGCGGUGGAGCAUCAGCAGCGACGGAGGAAGCAGCCCGCUGACACGUGGACGGCCGCGUUGUUGUGCCCGCGCGGAAAGUGCGCGGAUCGCGCUCCACCGUGGCGACCGAGCGACAUUAAUCCGGAGGAGGAGGAGAAGCAGGAGCAGGAGGAAGAGGAGAACGCGAUAUCGCCCGCGCGCAAGAGAGAGAGAGAGAGAGAGAGAGAGAGCGAGAGAGAAAGAGAGAGAAAGAACGAGAACGGAAGAGGACGUUUGGCGCGAGUGUGGGAAUCCUCGGCGCGCGCGUUCGGCUCCGCCGCCGCGCCACAAUGAACUUCCGCGCUGCCGUGCGUCACGCGGUUGUCUUUCGCUGAGGAGAAGAACGGAGUGUGUGGCGACGCACGUGUGUGGCGGCGACGUGUGUGCUCUCUUGGCCGCCGUCGCCGCCGCGAGCAGCGACUCCUCUCGCAUGCCCGUGGAGAAAGGAGCGACAACGGCCGGCGAAAAGGGAGCGGGGACGGCGAGGUAAUAGCCGGGAUUGUACCAUGUGAAUGAUACGCGAAGGGCCCCCGACAACGUUCUUGUUGUGCAUAUACCCGAGGGUUUAUUAUACUUGUUCGUGACCCGCGACAACGACGACGAAGACAACGAGGACGAGGACGAGGACGACGACGCUGACGCUCGUCUCGAUCGUCAUCCCGACCAUGUCCUCCUCCCAAGGAGGCAGGGGGGGCCCGGCGUCGCCCUCGGGCGGCGGGCCCGUGAUCCGCUGCGGCCACCUGAAGAAGCUCAAGACGAUGAAGAAGAAGUACUUCGUGCUGCGCGGCGAGAGCCCGGGCUGCCUCGCCUGCCUCGAGUACUACGACAGUAAGAAGAAGUUCGAGAACAGGCAGCCGCCUAAGCGCAGCAUCCUUCUGCACAGCUGCUUCAACAUCAACAAGCGCGGCGACACCAAGCACAAGCACGUGAUCGCGCUUUACACCAAGGACGAGUGCUUCUGCCUGAUCCUCGACAACGAGAAGGAGCUCGACGAGUGGCUCAAGGCGAUGCUCAGGCUGCAGAGCGGGGACGUGCCUGACGGCGAGCAGCCAAGGCCUACAUUCGAACACGUAUGGCAAGUUACAAUGCAAAAAAGAGGUCUAGGAGCACGAAAGAAUAUUCAUGGACCCUACAGAUUAUGCCUCACCGAUCAAACAUUAAGUUUAGUGAAGAUUGGAGCACAAGAUAACUCCGACUCUAUCGAGAUUUCUCUAAAUUACAUUAGACGGUGUGGAUUCGCGAAUGAUAUAUUUUAUAUUGAAGUCGGUCGAUCCGCCGUAACUGGAGAUGGCGAAUUUUGGAUGGCGGUCGAAGACAACAAUAUUGCGCUCAACAUGUACGAUGUAAUAACAACUGCAAUGAGGAAUUCGAAAAGUAACAAAGACGAGGUGGCGCCUCGUCAGAGAACACGUAGUUCCUCCGCCAAUGAAGCCAGUAAACCUAUAUCCGUUCUCCAAAGACGGCAUACAGGUCAAAAGCUUCAUGGCUUUUCACCUUUGGAGGAACAGAAGACAUACAAGGAGCAAGUGGAACCAUUGCAAGAGCAGACUGCUACUUCCUCUGUUCUCACACAGUGUAGUCAAUCUCGGAAUACCUCCUCCACCAAUACAGCCACGGCAGUUGCUGGUACCGGGGCUUGGACUACUGGGAUUGCCACGACUAAUGCCAACAGUGCCGGUACCGCUAGACGUCGUCAUUCGGUAGCGAGUCAUCCUCAUUCCGUCAAUAAUUCCCAAUCCGUUCAUGUCACAACAGCAACAAAUGCAACCAUGACUACCACCACCACUGUCACUACCACUACCAUUACCGCAACCACCACUACCAUCACCACCACCAUUACUGCGACCGUCACCGCGACGAUCACUACGACCACUACCACGACAAUAUCCCAUCAGAGAACCCUGUCGCUGCCCUUAGCUGCCGUUAUUAUCAAUCAAACGCAACCAUCUAAAAGACCCGUUUUACGGUGUACCACUGGGCGCGAUCGAUGUGACAGUUUGCCGUCAAGGGCCCGCACCACUAGCGAGGGACAACCAGCCACGAUCGUGUUAACUCAUCCUAGGGGAGCUCAUAUCAUGUCGCAUGUACCGCGGCCGUAUUCCAUGUGCGGACGAGGGUUUUCGUAUUCUCCGCCAGUCGCAUCGAUGCCGAUUAGUCCGUCUUCCGACGUCUGUUCGUCAGAUUCGGCUGGAUCAUCACCCUCGAUGGACGAUUGUGGUGAUAAUAUUAUGGAAGAAAGCACCGUCUCAAGGUACGGGCAUUCUUUGACACCUGAUGAGCCUGUAAUCUUGGACAAGAAAGGUGACGAUUAUGCCCUGUGGUCGACGUCGCAUCCACAUCUGAAAUACUCGCCAAACUUUAAAUCUCAUUCGCCCUCUCAGAGUUCCUAUCAGAGUGAAAUGUAUAGCCCCUGUGGCUCGAGUCCGGGCCGCGGUGGCGCAUAUAUGCCCAUGAGUCCGGCGACGACGGCUCACUCGCAUUCCCGUGGAUCAUCUCUCGUGGAAGAAAGCAAUGUGGAUGGCUACGUACCGAUGGCACCGGUUGGAGAUGACGGUUACGUUGAUAUGGAUCCUGUAAAUAGUCACAACGGUCACUUUCCGGAUGAUAUAUCGCAGAACGACGGCAGUAGCUGUUCUGUUACAUCCGGCACGCCUAGUACGGAUCUGCGGUUCUCCGAGUAUCAUUUGGACAAAGUUACGAGCUUUUUGACACCCGGGGAGGAUCUCCAAGCUAGGCCGACCAGAGCGUACUCUGUUGGAUCUAGACCGGAGCAAGCCAACAGGCAUCGUAAGAACAGGUUGGACAUCACUCCGCAAGAUGCCAAUAGAGUACGAGCAUUUUCCGUAGGUAGUCGAUCCAAGAGGCCCGAGAUCGGAAGGCUAGCCGGCAAUGUAAUUACCGCGCCGUUACCAGCUGGCGCGGACACUUCGAAUUCGAAGUCGAGCUCCGCGCCGUUAUUAUCGAGUUCUUGGGGUCACAACUCGGGUUGCUCUGGAGCGUCCGAUCGCAUGGAGGAUCUCAUGGAAUUGGAUUUCACGAGGCCCAGUAUUCCAACCGCUCUCUCCUCUCCUCCGUCAUCCUGUUCCUCCCAACCUCAGUCGCAACCGCAACCGUACUCUACUUAUUCUACUGCCACUGACACUAGUUCCUAUGUCGACAUGUCGCCCGGACAAGCUCCCAUAUCGACCACUGCCCCAUACGUCGAUAUGAGUGGCAUAAAUAAGAUCAAUCGCAAUAACAAUAAUAAUACAAUCACUGCCAACCACAAUCAUAGCCACAUGCAUAUGUCAUCGUUAACUUUUACCCAUAAACCUGUAAUUACAACUUUAAAGCCGGUAGAAGAAGCGGAGGGACCUUACAUGAAGAUGGACGGUACGAUAGAGGAUUGGAUACAUUCAGAAGCGAGUCCGAAACAAAUAUUUUCGCCUCUUCAAGAGGAUACCUAUCAAACAAAUGGACCGCCAGGUGUUACAAGAACAGCACCGGUAGAUCUUCCACAACCCAGGCGACCUCCGGAGGGAUACGUCGAGAUGUCUUUUAAAGCGCGGCCGAGUUUAGAGCAAGACUACAUAAAUAUGAGCAUGGGUGGGAACAAUCGAAACAAUCGUAAAACACGGACGGGCAGUCGCAAGGAAAAAUCACGAUCGCAACCAAUCGCGAUACAGGCAGGCAGUAAGCCAUCUAAAACUCCAAAUUUUUUACCUUUGAACGGAAGUCCGACAUCCGAAAGUCUGGCGAGCACACCUGCCUCUCCGCCGCGAGCAACGCCAACGGGUUCAUCAGCCACGAUCUUUCCCUUCUCUCUGAACAGUCCUCAGUCACCUGUGAAACCUUUUACGAAGAAAAACGACGAAUUUUCCACUACGGACGUUUCUAACCAAAAUAAAAACGAUGAAUACGCGAUAAUGGAACCUGCGAAAAGGGUUUGUACACCGUGUUCUAUCCCAUUGACGGAGACAAUGUCUUCGUCAAAGGCGAAUAACGAAAAGUCACCUAGUCCUGUAGAGAAGAAUGUUCGGGUUUCAAUAUUCAAAUCUUCGUCAUCGCAAGAGCAUAGUAAGCCCAUGAACGUAAUAACGAAAAAACUCUCGGAUCUAACGGUAUCGAAACCGCGUCUUGUCACGGCCUCGCCGAACACCAGUCCUACCCUGACGGGUUUCAAGCCGUCGACCGCGCAACAGUCGAAGCCAUCCUCGCCAAAGUUUAUCGACGAGACUCCCACGCCUACGCCCACGUCCACACCCACGCCUACGCCAAGUCCGUUGGACAGCGAGGGCUACGAGAAGCUUCAACCGGGCGCGACAAUAUUGCAUUACGCUAGUCUCGAUCUGCCGGAGAUCGAUAAUCCAGCGCCCGUGUCGCCGGCGUCCACACAGGAGAACUUCACCUACGCCGAGAUCGACUUCGCGAAACUCAAGCAGACCUAAAAUAUGUGCAUAUCCUGAAUGCGCAUAUUUUGCCGCCCCCGUGUUGCGUACGAGGCUAUGCGUGACGGGGUGGGUUGGCUGACGCCUCUUGUGUUCCCCAUGAUAGCAACGAGUAGGCAGGGUAUAAUCGAUCGUUCUGACAUUGGCUCGGCUGGUCUAACGAACAAGGCGCCGGGUAGGAAAACUGUAUAUAUAAUUAAUUUCUUUUUCUCUCCAGCCUAACGGCAUUAUACCGCUCGCCGAUCUUUCUAGUGUGUAUGGAUUGGCAGCCUAUUUUAAAUCGUUUGAGAAGUAAGCAUCGUUGGUACCUAUAGUUCUGGUUGUACUGCAUUAAUAUCGUAUUUUAUCGGAAUGAUGUGAAAUUUUUUAAUAUAGGCAAGAUUUACUUUUUUUCGUCGCUGAUUCCGAAGAGAGUCCUCAAACCUGUCCGCAUAUUUGCUAUUUCUAAUAUUAAACGAUCAGUCAGAUUUCACAGAAAGGAGCAAACUACGAAAAUGUUAUCUUUUAUUUUAUUAAAUAAUAUAUUUAUGUAAUUGGUCAGUAGAAAGGAUUUCUUCGUAUUAAAUAUAUCACUUAGUUAAAUGAGAAUCGCUUGUAAAAAUGUAUAAACUUUUUAAAUUUUUAUUAAUUUGUUAGUGGAUUUGCGUGUUAUCUCUAUCAAAAUUUAUUUUGUUUUGUAUUAUAUUUCCAGAUGCUGACAAGCCAAAUAUGCAUAAAUCAAUUUUUUGCGAAAUACACACACAUACACACACACACAUAUAUAUACACACACACAUAUGUGUGUGUGUGUAUGCGUGUGUGUAUACACAUUAAACUUGUAUAUUUGUAAUAACCUUCUAAUAUAUGUGACGAAAAAAUUUAUUUAUAUUGGUUGUUUUGGAGCUGCGCUCGUAAAUAAUAUAAACUUUGUUACUUUACAGUACGCGUACAAAUUUUAACAGCGUACCUUUUAUUUGCGCAAUGUAAAUUCUAUUAAAUUUGAUUUUUCGUAAAAUCUGCAUAUCAUUGUUCUGUACAGGAAAUAGCAUGUUAGUCUAUCUAUAUGUUCGCUUGCUUAUCUUACCAUUUUAUAACAACAAAAUUGUUUGAAUUCGAGUACAUUUAUGCUUCGUUUUUAAUUGAAAGAAAAAGAAAAGAAAAAGAGUAAUUAUAUACAUAUACGUGUAUAAAUUUGCGCGACAUUGUGUGACAUAAGAUAUCGGCUUCUAUUUUAAAUGUUUUAUCUUUAUUCGAAAUCUUUAGACAUUCAAUGAGACCUUAAAUAACGGAAUCUGCGAAGUCUUAGACGUAAGAGGAAACGUGAAAUCAUGGAUUUGCAAUUUUAUAACUCUCGAAAAAAAAAAAAAAGAUUUUUUUAAGCCUAUUCUUACGCAGGAAUCCAUGUCGAUGAGAUUCCAUCAGUCUUCCUCGAAAUGGACAAAAAUUCUCCAACGACACCAAUGAAAUCCUGCUUUUAGACAUCGUGAUUAAACAUGCUGAUAUUAACACUAAUUGGAAUUGAAUUAAACGAAAUUGAGAUAUUGUAAGCUUUAGAAAUAUCAAAUAGAAUACGGUAGUGUGUAACAGUACACUACCAGAAACAUAAGUACUGAAAGAGGUACGCGAUGGACCUGGUCUUCGUAACGAUUACUGCGAGCCGGAUGAAAUUCUGCAGAGCGAAACCGAUAUUCAACCGGAGAUAUUCGUCGUUUAUACGUUCUCGCGUCUCCUCUGUGGCGAAUUUUUAUCCGAUUGUCUCCUCGCGAAGGAAUGUUACCCGCCAAUGUUAGAUCGACAUCUCUCAUAGAAUUCGUAUUGCAGAUACAAAAUAGAUGUUCCGUACAAUGGCAGUAUACAUGUGUUAUAACGCUUUUCAUAUAAAUUAUGAAGGACCGAAGCGUCUCGAGAGAGCUAAUUCGGCUUCGUAUACACACAUAUACACACAUGAACAUACCGUCGCAUGACGCGUAUACAUAUAUGCAUAUUCGUGCUGCAGGAUAUUCUGUGAAAACGGUACAACCGGUGUCGUGCCGGAGGACGGUACAAAGAAAGAUGAUCUAGACUAAGAGGAAUUACUUAAGACAAAAAAA